AUGUCUCCGGCCACUACCACCACCACCUUCCACCCCUUCCCUCUUCUCCCUUUUGAACUCCGCCUCCAGAUAUGGAAAUCAAGCAUCACCCCCCGCACCGUCUCACUCCGCGUCGGCACAAUCUGGCGUCCCUAUAAUAGGGAAGCCACCUAUAGCCUACUCUCAUCUAGUACGACAGCCGCGCCCGCGCUCCUUCAUACAUGCCACGAAUCCCGCGAGGUCGGGCUAAAGGCAUACACGCAAGCCUUUUCGGAAUGGGACACGGACCGGGUGAAUCUUUGGCGGUAUCCGGAGCCACCGCGGCCGGCCAGGUAUCUCUGGGUGAACUUUGAUUUGGACAUGGUUGACAUUGGCGGGUGGUUGGGGAUCCAGUUUGUGGCCAAAUACACGAGGCACAUCAGGCGGUUAAGGAUGGAGUGCAAUAGGACGAGCACGGUGGGCAGACAGGAGUUUAGGUUGUGGAGGGGCCGGCUGCAAACGGGGCUGUUUGAGAGGUUGAGGGAGAUUGAGAAUGCAGUUCGUGAUGAUGCGUGGUUUCCCGAGAGCUGGAGGGGGGAUGGGGCGUUUGUGGAGGGGUGGAGGUUGGAGGUGCGGAAUUGGGAGGAUGGGAGGGGGUAUACUUUGCUGAUGGAGAAGAUGAUGAGUGGUGGUGAUGAUGAUGCGAAUCGUGGGUGA